GAACAAGGUCGGCUUUCACUGUGAAAACACCCAAAGGUCCACCCACACCAUGUGUACACACCCCAUCGGCUGUAUGGCCCCCACAAAGAAACACUGGAAGUUACUGAUCAUCACAAGUGAAAAGUAGCGGAGAAGAUUUAUGUUCAUUAAAUGUCUGAAAAUGGAGAUAUGUGCUUAUAGUAAAUGCAGAAGAUGUGAGUCGCAGAGAGGAUAAAAUAGGGAAAGUGGAGCGGUGGACUUCAGAAAGGUUUCAGGAUGCGCUCCUUGAGAAAGACGGUGUUGCUGGCCAUCCUGGUGUCCGUGGUGCUUGUUCUGGCUCUGCUCCAUUCCUGGCCUACCCGGGCCUACACCACCGUGGACGUAUGGCAGCGACUGGGACCUUUAGUGGAGAGGAAUCUGGAGGAGAGACUCCCAGAGGCAGACCAACGAUUAGGCAGUAUCCCAUUUCAUGUGAGGGAAAGUGUAGCAAGUUUGUUGGCACGUAAUGGAUGUGUCUGUGAGGGUGAGAGUGGAGGCGUAAACCUGCCCUUCGCCCAACUCUUAUUCCCACGGGUGUCAGCUCACCCAUUGCACACUGCCUUUAAGGCCUCUGAGCUGGAGGAAAUGAAGAGGAGACGCGCCAAGGAGUACAAGAGUUUCCAGAAGAGGUCACAGUCUCCUGCAGAUGUACUCAUCAUCGCAGAAGCAAAUAACCCUUUACAGUAUCCGACACAGGGGGUGGAGGUACGACCCCUGAAAACAAUCAUCAUCCCAGGUUUGGCCUUACAUGACAUUCCCAGAGACCAUUACUCAGUAAACGUCACUGCCACUCUGGGAACGCUGAAUGUGGCAGCAGAGGUAGACGGGGUCAAAGUCAAAGGUGAUGGCGAGAUGCACAUGACGCUGUCAAGUAGUCUCCUGCCCAACCUGAACCGACAGCUGCAGUUUGUGACGUACACAAACACACUGUUUCACCCCAGCACGGCGGACACAGUGCAGUUUGAGACAGAGAGGCAUCAAGCCACAUUCAUUAUCAAGAUCCGUCAUGGUGUAACACCCAAACUGUACAACACAGGAUCCAAAGGAGACUACAAUGUCAGUGCCCUUGUUACCAUAGCUACGAAGACUUUCCUGCGUUAUGAUAAGCUUCAAGAUCUUAUCGACAGUGUGAGGAGAUAUUAUCCUACUGUCACCAUAGUAAUUGCUGAUGACAGUGAAAAUCCUAAAACCAUCUCUGGGCCUUACAUUGAACAUUACAUCAUGCCUUUUGGAAAGGGCUGGUUUGCUGGACGAAACCUGGCUGUUUCCCAGGUGACAACAAAGUAUGUGCUGUGGGUGGACGACGACUUCAUCUUCACAGCAAACACUAAACUGGAGAAGCUUGUGGAUGUUUUAGAGAGGACCACAUUGGAUCUGGUGGGCGGUGCAGUGCGGGAAGCCACGGGUUACACUGCCACCUAUAGACAGACCAUUUCCAUUGAGCCAGGUGAGGAGGAUGGCGACUGUCUACACAUGAGAAGAGGUUUUCAUCAUGUCAUCCAGGGUUUCCCCAACUGUGUGGUCACAGACGGCGUCAUUAACUUCUUUCUUGCUCGAACCGACAAAGUGCAGCAGGUCGGCUUUGACCCACGACUGGCCAGGGUAGCUCACCUGGAGUUUUUCAUCGACGGACUUGGAUCCCUCCAUGUCGGCUCUUGUGACGACGUCAUAGUCAAUCAUGCAACCAAAAUCAAACUCCCCUGGGUCAGCCAAUCAGAGAGCGACAAGACUUAUGCCAAAUUCCGCUACCCACCAGCCUCCUCAGACGCCACACACACCAAAAACGGCCUCUUGUACUUCAAGAACCGGUUUCAGUGUUUGACUCAUAAUUAAUUCCUCCACUCCUUUGUUCCUCAUGUUUUAUCUCCUCUGCUCUUCCUGAGUUGCCAAAGAAGUUCUGCUCCCUCUUGUCCUGUCAGAUUGGAUCUCAAACACCUUGGUUUGCCUUUCCUUCAGAACAGGUGUCAAGCUUCACUGUAGAGAAAAUGUCCUUGUGCCAUUAGAGCAUGUUUAUUCUAUUGGUGUGCCGCUCUGUGGUGACCUAACAUGUCCUCGUACGCAGUAAAUAAUAUCCAGAUGUCAGAAAGUUCAGAUUCUCUUGAUGUGAAAACAGUGGAGUAUAGAAAAUGAACUGUAGUAACAAAUAUGUUGUGUUUACAGAGACCCCAGUUACAGAUCUUAUGUUAUAUAUUAACUUUAUAAAGGAAAUACACUUCAAGUUUGUUAAAUAAUAUAUGGCGAUCAUCACAGAGAGCACAGGCUUUGGUAAAAACCCAACAGGUAGCGUCAACAGCAGAGUCUGAGUCAUUGCUUUUUCAUAUGUAUGUCCUCCUUCAAUUUGCACUAUCCACAAAGUCAAGAUGUCAGCGACAGAAGCCUGAGCCGAGGACAGGGGGACACUUCUUACAAACUGACAAUCUUGGCGACACAGAGCAUAGGUAUCCGUUAUACCAAUGCCACAUGAAGAACGUAUAUAAGACUUUUCUUGUUUGAUACCUACGCUCCGUGUGGAGGUUUUGCUGCUGGCUUUGGGAUGUUUCAGUGUUCUUGAGUUUGCCAGAUCUUGUUUUUUUUGUUUAAUUUGUGAGUGAGAAUAACACCAGAGGAGGACAAGCUUUCAGUCCCAUCUGUCUGGAGUCGGACUUGGUGUUACCUCGUCUUGGAGCCACUGUUUUUCUUUUUCUUUUGUUUCCUUUAACAUCUUUGUCUUCUGCUGCCUGUCACCCUUCACUUUCUUCAGCAAGCAUCUGUAAAAGGGGAGCGUUUCAGCCCAGUGCACGCCGAUGAGUGAAGUACCCGCAUUGUCAAAUGCUGCCUAAAAGAAAAGUUGGAUGAACCAAAGUGCAUGUUUAUAUUUACUUCAUCAUAGAAGAGAAGAAAAAACAAGCACCCUUAAGUGUCAGAGGUGGAGUUGGAUGAUGUAGUGACAUAUGAAGACACGGUAUUAGUCUGAGCAUGAAUGGAGGACAUGAGUGAUGCCCAGUGAGACGGAGGUGGAAACUGAACCUCAAAGAUGGAGGACCCUGUUUUUCUACAGAAGGCUUCUCCUUUGAGACUGUAGUAGAAGACUGUGAUACACAUGCCUGCUGUGAGGAUGCGGCUCUUUUUUAUACCAUGGCCUUUAGAUGGCGCCCUUGUACCACACUAUUGUUUCCUAAUGAGUCAAAUUAAAUUAGUUUUUAUUAACAGUUUGUUAUUAGCAAAGAGGUGCCAGAUAUUUAUUGACUUUUCUUUUUUUUUAUCUUGAGAGGAAUAUUUUAAAACAAUAACUAUUUUGUGUGAUGUAUUUGUGAGUUUUGGGGUUUUUCUUUUUGUUCGACAUCAGGAGACACAGUCAAACUAAACUAAAAUGGCUUUUGUGCUGUGUGUUUAAAAAGAUUCACAUUAGGAUUACAGGUCUAUAGCUGAGCUGAGAGCCUUUUUUUUUUAACAGUGAUAUUUAUUGUGUUAACACAGAAAUGUAUCUUGCCUGCUUCACCCAAAAAUCUCUUGUGUGAAUCUUCUGUUAACAGGAGAUUUGACUUGAGCAUUUUUUUUUUUUUUAAUUUGAAAUACUAACAUAUUGAAAUGUCCGUCAAGCCCUUUUUCAUUCACAGAACAUGUGUCAUUUGCAUAACGUGGGGGUGGCGGGGUGAAUAAAGAUAGUCACAGGGUCAGCUGUGACUAAAUUUAUGUU